AUGGGAAAGGAAGGUACAUUGGACUCACCAUAUCUACAACUGUUGACAGGUGCAACAUCGGGUGUGCUGGCUGAUGGUAUUAUGCACCCGAUCGAUACAAUCAGAGCUAGGAUGCAGGUUGAGAAGGUUGGCCAACAAAAGUAUACGGGUACAUUCAAUGCCUUUCAAUCGAUCUUGAAUCGCGAGGGCUUCAAGUACCUGUACAAGGGCUUCCCCAUCGUGCUCACAGCCACCAUCCCAGCACACGCACUCUACUUCUACGGAUACGAGUACUCCAAGUCCUAUCUGAAACAGACGUCGUUGGGCGACGGCCCCGCCAACCACUUCCUCAGUGGGCUGGUGGCCGAUGUCGCGGGCGCCAUGAUCUGGACCCCGAUGGACAUCAUCAAGCAGCGUCUUCAGGUGCAGAACUCAACAUACAGCCUCAACCCAACACAGACAUUCUACCGCGGUUCAUUCCACGCCUGCUCCGUGAUCUACCACGAGGAGGGCAUUCGUGGUUUCUACAAGGGCUUCUUGCCUUCGCUCAUGACCUUUGGUCCUCUGGUCGGCAUCUACUUUGCCACGUACGAGCAGACCAAGCGUGCGGCCAAGAGGUCGCUGUCAUUGGAGGCCGACGACCAGCUUCCCCUGCCAUUCCAACUGGCCAGCGGUUUCUUUGCCGGCUCAGUGGCGGCCGCCGUUACAUGUCCACUCGAUGUGAUCAGAACUAGAAUACAGGUGUCAAGAGCAGGCGAGCAAACAUACAAGGGAAUCAUCGAUGGAUUCCAACGCAUCAUGAAGGAAGAGGGUCCAAGAGCAUUUGUCAAGGGAAUGGGUGCCAGAGUACUCUGGAUCGCUCCUGGUAAUGCUAUUACUAUCGCUGCAUACGAACAACUCAAGCACUUCUUCUCCAACUACUUGAAGUAA